GGCUUACUCAAUCUUUCACAUAAAAGCUUUUUUCUUUUUUAAUAAAUAAAUAAAGUUAAAGAACUCUUCUCAAGAAUAAUUUAAGUUGACAACUUACAAUUUUUUUUUCUUAUUUCGUUAACAAAAGAAAAUAAUAAAAAAAAAAAAAUAAUAAUUUCAGUAAAUAUAUUUUAUAAAAGAAGAAUAAUUUUUUUUUUAUUCAGUAGUCAUGUCCGAAAAUUGGGGUAAAGUCCAGCAACCAAACUUUCUCCCGGAUACUUCGUGGGAAAGCUCCGUGAGUAAGCCAAAUAAUAUACGGUCGGAAAACUGGGAAAGACCACCGUCUGCUGGAAAUUGGGGUACUGAAAGACCAUCAGCUUCCUCUCCCUCUGAAAAUAAUUUGAGCGCCAGAAAAGCCGCUCAAGGUUCAUGGGGACCAAACAAAUCAGAAAAUUCGUGGGUUAUGAGGAAUGAAAAUGUUCAAGUUGAUCAAUCAUCUUGGAAAAGGAAUGAAGAACCUCCAAUAUCAACAACAUCAUAUAAUAAUGUUAAACGUGAGAAUGACGAGGAGAAAUUGGAUAGUCUUGCAAUGCAGGUUGGUAUCGAACAAUCAUUUGAAUCUUAUAAUGAAAGGCAGAAUAUUGUACUUGAUGAAGAUGAUUAUGACCCUAGUUAUCGGAGUUUUCCAACUUCGAGUAAACCACAACUAGGUAAACCAAUCACACCCUUUGAUGAUGAAAUACAAUAUAAUAGUACGUCAGGAUAUGUAUAAUGUUAAAAGUCAUGUCGAACCAUUAAUAACAUCAUCAAUUUCCACAUUUCAAGAAUUACGCAAGGAGUUCCGUAAUGCAGCAGUUCAAACUGAACCAAUUGAUUUAGCUGCUAUCAGUGCAUCAAAUGAAAAAUUAUUAUCUUGUACGAUCAGUUCACAAAUUAAAAAAGGAUAUCAGCAGAC